ACGAGACGGCAGAUCUCGCGAGGCCUGCGCGGUCUCGCGACAUCUGGGGUGAGCUUGCGGCUGCCGUGGCUACAGGGCUCCUCAGGUGGCGGCGCCUGCGGUCGCGCUACGGAGGCCCGGUUGCCGGAUUACGGGAAAGUAUUUAAGAAGCUUGUGGAUUAAUAUGAAUCAAAGUAAUAUAAGAUCUGCAGGAAGCCCCUCAAAAUAGCUGGAAAGGAAGAAUUUCUAGACUCUUCAUCACGAUCUUCAAUUACACGGUUAAAUCUAAGGCUCCUGUGGUAAAAUCAUGAAUAAAAAUACAUCUGCUGUGGUAUCAUCCAGUCUACUUGAAAAGUUGGCUGAACAGUUUUUCUGUUAUGUACCAGAAGUGCAGGAUGGCCUCAUAUGUUCUGGCACCUCAUCUGGAAAGAUGAUUACAAUUACCAAGGAAACGGGCCUUGGUCUGAAGAUCCUAGGAGGAAUUAACCGAAAUGAAGGUCCCUUGGUAUAUAUUCAGGAAAUCAUUCCUGGAGGAGACUGUUACAAGGAUGGACGUUUGAAGCCAGGAGAUCAACUUGUCUCCAUAAAUAAGGAAUCUAUGAUUGGUGUAUCCUUUGAAGAAGCAAAAAGCAUAAUUACAAGAGCCAAGUUGAGGUCAGAAUCUGCUUGGGAGAUAGCAUUCAUAAGACAAAAAUCUGAUGGCAGUCAUCUAGAAAAUCCAUCUUGUACAUCCCUUUUACAAGCUUCCGGAGAAUAUGGACCUCAAGCCUCGACAUUUAGCCUUCUUCCUUCUCCCCCUGAAAUACUAAUUCCAAAGACCUCAUCCACUCCCCAAACUACAGAUACCACUUUAUCUUCUUUUAACAUUAGUCAGAUAAAAACUGGAUACAAGAAAACAGAACAGACUCCAAUUACUUCUUCAGAAAACAGCCCUGCGGAUAUGUCUAAUACAGAUAUUGCCCCUGCAUGGACUGAUAAUUAUGGACCACAAGGAAAGAAGAUUUCCCUAAAUCCCUCUGUUCGCCUUAAGGCAGAGAAACUGGAAAUGGCUCUAGAUUAUCUUGGAAUUCAGCCCACAAAGGAACAACAGCAAGCCCUGAGACAGCAAGUGCAAAUAGACCCAAAGGGGACAGUGUCUUUUGGAGAUUUUGUCCAGGUUGCCAGAAACUUGUUUUGCUUGCAGUUGGACGAAGUAAAUGUCAGAGCACGUGAAAUUUCCAGCAUGUUAGAUUCACAGCUUCUUCCCUGUGAUUCCUCAGAGACAGAUGAAAUAGAAAGGCUUAAGCGUGAAAGAAAUGACGCCUUGGAGGAAGUGAAUGCACUCAAGGAAAAGUUAUUUGAAUCAGAAAGGCAAAAGAAACAAUUGACAGAAGAACUCCAGAAUGUGAAACAAGAAGCCAAAGCCGUGGUGGAAGAAACCAGAGCCCUGCGAAGUCGGAUCCACCUUGCUGAAGCCGCACAGCGCCAGGCACAUGGGAUGGAAAUGGACUACGAAGAGGUGAUCCAUCUGUUAGAGACCGAGAUCACAGAUCUAAAGGCUCAGCUUGCUGAUUGUUCAGACCAAAAUAAAGAAAGUGUUCAGGAGUUAAGAAAGAGAAUCACAGUGCUUGAUUGCCAAUUGCGAAAAUCAGAAAUGGCUCGAAAAACUUUUGAGGCAUCCACUGAAAAGCUUCUUCAUUUUGUAGAGACUAUUCAAGAAUUAUUUUCUGAUAAUUCUUCUCCUUUAUCAAGUUUAAGUGAAAGACCUAUGCUAGCUUCUCAGACUUCCCUCACACCACUAAGAAGGAAUGGACGUAAUAUCCCAGCAACACUGGCACUUGAAUCUAAGGAACUUGUUAAAUCUGUUCGGGCCAUACUUGAUAUGGAUUACCUACCUUACGGGUGGGAGGAAGCUUACACAGCAGAUGGAAUCAAGUACUUCAUCAAUCACGUAACACAGACGACAUCCUGGAUCCAUCCCGUGAUGAGUGCACUGAACCUGUCCUGCUCAGAGGAGAAUGAAGAGGAUUGUUCCAGAGAACUUACCGAUCAGAAGAGUUGAUGGUCUUCUGUAGGAAACUGAGCUCCAUGGUCUUCUAAUGUCUUAUUCCACGUGGAUGACUCCCAACAAAUAGGAGCAAAACACACUCUACUUAUUGAGGUUCUGAAAUAGAGACUCUGGAUUUAGGCUAUUUUUAUAACACUUUUUUUUUCUUGUGAUGAGUAUUUUUUACUUUUAUUGAAGUGUAAUUAACAUGCGGUGUUACAUUAGUUUCAGGCGUACAAUAUAGUGAUUCAACAGUUCUAUAACAAUACUCAGUGUUCAUCAUGAUGAAGGUACUCUUAAUCCCCUUUAUCUAUUUUGUUCAUCCCCCCACCCACCUCCCCUCUGGCAACCACCAUCUUGUUCUCUGUACUCAAGAGUCUGAUUUUUUUGUCUCUUUUCCUCUUGUUUGUUUGGUUUGUUUCUUCAAUUCCACAUAUGAGUGAGAACAUACAGUACAGUAAAACUUUUUUUUUUUCCGGUAAAACUUUUUGAUAUAAGUGUAUACACUUAUAAGAUCAAUUGCCACUAUAGUAGUUGUUUAAGAAUAAUCUAGUUGUGUUUUUUGAAUCAUAUAUAAUUAGAUUUUAUAAUAUGUAUAUUUUUUCAUAUAUAAUUAGAUUUGUAAUUUUAUAUAUAGUUCUUUAUAGAGUAUCACAUACAGUGGUUUUUAUAAUUAGACUUACUGGAAAAUUAUGUGAACACAGUGAAGCACUUCAUUUAUUUGAUAAGCCACUAACUUUUUAUAUUAGUAUCUUAGGAAAGUGAUCUGAGCAAGCCUUUCAGGGUUUCUUAAAGAUCACAUUUGGAUAACUAUCUCAUAGGCUACAGAAUAUAGUUUACAUGUUCAUGGGGCUCUCUAAUUUACAAAAUGCUUUUCAGACCCUGUUUUAUUUAAACCAUGCAACAUGCCUGUGAGGCAGAACCAGUGGGUAUUUUUAUUCUUGUUUUCAGUUAGGGAAAUAGUGGUUCAAAGAAAUGAAGCACCUUAUUCUGAAGCUGAGAUUCACACCUGUCUUCUGAUUCCACGUCCAGCCCCCUUUCCAUUGCACCCCGCUGUCCCUACAGAGGGAGAUCGCAGCCCAACAUGAAGGCCACCGUGGCUUUGUUGAUACAGCUGAGCUCCACAGCUGUGCACUCCAGUGGCCUUGGAGAUUCAGGAGACACCUCUUCAGUCAGGGCCCCCCCACACACAACCCCACUAUUCUCCUCUAAUCCCUGUGCCCUCACCCCAAACAUUCACCAAGUCAGGGCGUGGUUCUAUGAUGCCUUUUCAACAGGCUUCUUUGAGCAGCUCAUGUUUUUAUAAAGUAAAGGGAGUGGCCCACAACAGGGGGCUGCCCUGCUUAGGCUGCCCUUGCCAGAGGGAACAUUUAUGGGGAGCUGAUGAAAAGAGGAGCAUCUGGAAUCUCCUCUGCUAUCAAGACAUCCAUGAACUCUCCUGCUGUGAGUUCAAGACUGGUCUCAUGAUUGCUGAUAUCACCCUCUAAACUGCUUACACUUUUCAUCUUCUGCUAUUUUGCUGUAAGGAUGCCACUAGACAGUUCCUGGAAGAAAUGAACUGUUGACUUAGAGGGCUAAAGAUUUUCUCUCAGUUUAAUGAUUUAAACCUGGGGGUGGGGGUUGGGGUAGAGUAGAGAAGAAGUCAUUUUAAAUGUCCUGGGCAUUAGUUAGAUACCAACUGAAUGAUAAAAAGGGAUUUAUUCAUAUCCAAUAUUAUGAUAUAGUUAGGUAAUAGACUUAGGAAGAAAGUAAGAAUCAUUAAUUAAUCAGAAUACCCUGCUCCCCCACCAUGUCUGAUAGGACCGAGAAGUUACUGUUUGUCACUCCCUUCAUCCUCCUCACUCCCUCUCCACCUCUGAAAAACAAGUAGGAGAAAGGAACCCCAAUCUUCAGGAUUAUGUGACUCAGUGAUUUUCAAAACAUCUUUGGGAAAAAAAAAAAAAGACUCAUUUGUUAAAUGAAUUCUUAGAAUCCCAAUAUGUGGACUAGUUUUUGUUUUGUUUUGUUUUGUUUUGUUUUACUAUUGCUGCUCUGCUUGAAACAAGAGAAGCCUGAAGCCCAAUUAAAGCAGCACCUAAAAAAAAAAAAAAAAAAGCAGCACCUAGCCCAGCUGUGCAAACCUAUAACCAUCUUAAUAGAUGAGUAAACUGAGAUCCUAAGAGGUCACAGAGUAUGUUAGUUGCCAGGUCAAGAUGGGACCUAGAUCCUAAAGUCUCCUAGUCUACUAAGUUUCAUAUGGCACGUAAUAUAGAUGUAUAUUGUAAAUACAGGUCUGUGUUGUGCUCACCCAUUCACUCCUGAAUAUAUAUAGGAUUUAUAAUUUACAUCUUGAAUGAUAACAUAAAGUCAAAUCCAGGCUGAUAGGCAGUCAUUAGCCCCAAGAAAAGUUUCAGAAUGGCUGAAGAAGACUCAAGCUUCUCCUGACAGCUAUGUGAAUAUUAGCAAGCUUCAGGGAGACAAGUAUUGAGAGAAGUCCCUGAGGGAGAUCUUUCCUUGUGUCCCCCAGAGGUGAGUGGGAUUCUCAAACACCUGAAGUUUACUUUUAUAAGUUAACGUUCUGUAAUUGUGAAAGUACAUACUUUUUGUUGUUGCUAAAUUGACAGUAUGAAAUUUCCCUCCCUCUACUGGGAGUGUUUUUCUAAUUUGUUUCUAAGUGAAGAAAACACAGAGGAGAUAUUAGAAUCACUUGAAAUCAAGGUCCUCAGGCAUGCAUUUUACUGACACCUCAUAUGUUAACUUUGCUCUUUUGUGCUACUUUCUUCCUUGCUUCCUCAUGGAAUACAUCGUGGAAAAGGCCUAUGAAAAUUAUAAUGAUAUUUUUUGUUGAGGAUUUUGUGCCAUACAUUGUGAUGGGCAGUUUGCAGAGAUUACUUCAUUAUCUUCUUAAAACAACCCCAUGAGGUAGAAACUAUAAUCAUUCCCACUUUGUAAAGAAGAAAUUUAGGAUUAGAGAGAGUUGCUAAUCUUUGCCUAAGGGUCACAGAACACUUACAUGUGAAGGUAGGGUUCAAGGCAGGUCUGGCCAUAGCCUGUUCUCUUAAUCUACUCUGCAGAGCUGCUUAGAUCCAUUGUGUGUGAUACUAGGGGCAGAGCUAGGGUCUGUGGGUCAGGUUUUCAAAGGGGCAGAUUCCAGCUCAGUGCAAUAAGGAACUUUCUGGAAUUUAGAGCUCAUCAGGAAAGAACUCCCCUGGAGGAGGUGAAAGCACUGUCCUAGGAAGUGUUCAAUCUGAACUCCUUAUUAUGAGAAUGGUAUUAAGGAGGUUCAGGGUCUGAAUUGGCACUAAGAUUUCUUCCUCUUUAUGCUUCUAUGACCUCUCAAUGCCCCAAGAGACACUCAAUGAAACAUGGUGAGGACUCAUUAAAAGUCCUUAUCCAAUGCAAAUAGAACCCUCAGAUAAUUUUUUUUGGUGAGUUAACAUUUAUAUAGCCAGUCUUUCUUUAAUAUAAAUCAACCCUAUUGACGUGAUAAACUUCUCUGUUGACCCACUGGCUCAGAUUUUAGGAUUAGAAAAAUCUCAAUGUUGUUAUGUCCUUCCACCUCACUUCAUGAAAGAGUGAUUAGGGUUGGUCACCCUUACUCCUUUAUUCUCAGGAGUACUUACUGAGUACCAACACUGUGCCAAGCACUGUGUGAGGUACUAUAGCAAAGUAGGACAAAAUAACCAUUUCCUGGCUUUUCUUGUUCUUGGUUAAAAAGUGAAAAGUUUUUCAGGUGGACAGAGUUGGAACAGCUUCCCUUUAACUUUUGGAUUUUAAAAAUAAUCUAUUUCCAUUGAAAAAUCAAGUAGUAUGGAAUUGUAUACAGUAAAAAAAAAGUUCAUCUCACUUUUCAGACAUAGUCCUCAUAAAUACCUUGAUGAGUAUGUUUACUCAAAGUUAAUCGGUACUAUUAAGCAGCUUGCUUUUGACAUAAUUUAUUGUGGUCACUUUUUCAUGUCAGUACAUAGAUGGUUGUAUUUCAAAUGUCUGAGUAAAUAUCACUACCCAGAUAACUCAUAGUUUCAGCAGCCAUCAAUCAGUCUGUUGAUGAACAGUAAGUUGUCUUCUGUUAAAAACAAUGUCACAGUGAAUAUUCUUACAUUCAUUAACUCCUCUUCUUCAUAUAUAUGUGCACUCUUGUGCCAGUAGGUCUAUAAUGAGAAUACAUUCAUGAAAACUAAUUACUCUAUCAAAAUUUUGUUCAUUUUAAUUCUGGUAGAUAUUCAGAAAUUCUCCAUUAAAAUAGGACCAAUUUACAUAGUGCGUGAGUUUGUGUUCUGUGUAUUAUAGGACUUUUUUUAGGGCAAAGACUGCCAAUAAGUUUUCUGAUCAUUUUUGCCCUUAGAAGAGUAAUCCUCUUUUUAUCACUAAGGACCUGAAUUUUUUUUUCAUCAUUAGGUUUUAGUUGUCCCUUAGCAACAGAGAAUGCCUCACUAUAUAGAGGGGAGCCUGGCAGUGACUAAUUCACUAUCUGUGGAACACAUCAUUACUCUCCUCUUUUUUUUGACAUUUCCUACUUUAUAUAUAAUGGUGGUGAGAACCCACUUUGUAAGUGAGCUAACUUGGGUGAAAGCCCUUAGUAAAGUGCGAAACACAAUGCAAACACAUCUUUGAGCCUUGGUUUCCCCAUCUGUAUAAGGAGGAGGGCAAUCCUCUGACUCUUCUCAAACCAAUUUAACUCAGCAACCAUUUCCUGAGCACCUGCCAAAUGCCAGACCAGAUGCAGGGUCUUAAAGUUACCACACCAAAUAGUUCUGAUUCCCAAACCAAGAAACUCAUAAUCUAAAGCCUCUUUCUUUCUUUUUUCCUCAAAACUCUUUUAUUUUUCCUUAAAGGAGUAAAAAGUCAGAGAUUUGUUUAGUAAGAACCCCUGAAGAGACGCCCUUUAUCACUCUCUCAAAUUCAAAUAAUUCCAAAAUAAUAUUAACACCCCUUGAUUUGAAAUGAAAGAGAAACAUACUGUGAGAAGGGGCUCUCCAAUAAUAAAUGCUAAGCAGCUGUAAAAAUACAGAAUCAAAUGAUACCUCCAUAAAGUGUUUGCAAAAUUAGAAAAUAUUAUCCUUUUUCUGAGGAGGGAAUGGACAUUUUCAUUUUCUCUGCUAAAGUGAAAUGCACCUUUUUCAGGGACCAAAAAAACUUGAAUCUUACCAUCUACAGAACAGAAAGAACUGGACUACCAUUAAAACAACUUACAUACUCUGUUGCACAUAGCUUUUAAGGAGAUGAACUUUAAACAGAAUAUGCCCAUGGAAACUUAACUUGAGAAAUAAAAUACCCAAGAUGUUUUAACCACAACUAUCCACAUGUGGUAUUAUUGUGCCUGCAUGAUGAUUAUGUAAAUGUUAUAUGAAAUACUGUGUGUGCUUUCUUCAUACGACUUUAUGUUUAACUAAUACUACUUUCAUUAAUUUUU